GGAGCGGGCUUCUGGUGGGGGCUUGAGCGGCAGCAGCAGGUCCCUCUUGGGGUGCCCGGCUGGGAGCGGGCAGUUAGGUCAGGCAGUAGCUGGGACACCCCGAGCCUGGAGGGCGCCGAGGCGCUCCGGAGAGGCUGGGACAGCCCGGCUCCCCCAGCCUGCUGCCAGGGUUGCGAGCCUCAGGAACAAAGUGAGAGUCCAGCGGCCCUGGGAGCCGAGGUGGAGCAACCCCUUUAAGAUAAAGAUGAAAGGCUGGGGUUGGUUGGCCCUACUUCUUGGGGUCCUGCUCGGAACUGCCUGGUCUCGAAGGAGCCAGGAUCUACACUGUGGAGCUUGCAGGGCUCUGGUGGAUGAACUAGAGUGGGAAAUUGCCCAGGUGGAUCCCAAGAAGACCAUUCAGAUGGGAUCUUUCCGGAUCAAUCCAGAUGGCAGCCAAUCAGUUGUGGAGGUGCCUUAUGCCCGAUCAGAGGCCCACCUCACAGAGCUGCUAGAGGAGGUGUGUGACCGCAUGAAGGAGUAUGGGGAACAGAUUGACCCUUCUACUCACCGCAAGAACUACGUACGUGUUGUGGGCCGGAACGGAGAAUCCAGUGAACUGGACCUACAAGGCAUCCGAAUUGAUUCAGAUAUCAGUGGUACCCUCAAAUUUGCGUGUGAGAGCAUUGUGGAAGAAUAUGAGGAUGAACUUAUUGAAUUCUUUUCCCGAGAGGCCGACAAUGUUAAAGACAAACUAUGCAGUAAGAGAACAGAUCUAUGUGACCAUGCCCUGCACAGAUCUCAUGAUGAGCUAUGAAUCACUGGAGCAGCCCAGACCAACUUGAUGGAGCACCCCCAGGAGGGGAAGAUGGUGGCAUUCCCUUUUAUAUUAUGUUUUUAUGGAAAUGAAUUGAAAAAAAAUCCAAAACCGAAAGUACAAA